CAUGGAGGGGGAACAUUCCGUUGCGUAACGAAGAAGAUCGCGCUAGUCGUUUCCAACUCUGCCCGACACAAGAUUAGAUAUACCCAACCGCCUCCUACUAGAAUCCACUUCAAAAGUGCCGGCGCCUUCAUCCGACGCAUAUUGCGAAAAUAAUAAGGCCAUCAGAGUAAAUAUAAACACAGCUGUCCAGUCAUGUCUUUUGUGGGCAAGGUCGUCCUUAUCACAGGUGCUAGUUCUGGCAUCGGAGCUGCCACUGCCCUUCAGCUGUCGCAGCUUGGUGCUUCUCUGAGCCUGCAUGGGCGUAAUGUCCAGAAUCUGCAGAAGGUGGCUGACCAGUGCAAAGAACCCAAGCCCCAUAUUGUUACCGGGGAGAUCACCAAUGAGGCUGACGUGAAGAACAUUCUGGAGUCUACUCUCCAGAAGUACGGCAAGCUGGAUGUUCUGGUGAACAAUGCUGGCACUCUGGAGUCGGGUGGUAUUGAAAAUACUAGCUUGGAGCAGUACGACAGGGUAUUCAACAUCAACGUCAGGUCCAUCUAUCAUUUAACUAUGCUGGCUGUGCCGCAUUUGAUAAAGACCAAAGGAAAUAUUGUGAAUGUAUCCAGUGUGACGGGAACCAGGGCUUUUCCUGGAGUCUUGUCCUACUGUAUGAGCAAGUCUGCCAUUGAUCAGUUGACUCGCUGUGUAGCUUUGGAACUAGCUCCCAAGCAGGUCCGUGUGAAUGCUGUCAACCCAGGUGUUGUUGUGACAAACCUGCACAGAAGCAGUGGCAUGAGUGAGGACAAGCUUAAGGAAUUCUUUGAACACAGCAAAGCAACUCAUGCUCUUGGACGCCCUGGAACUCCGGAUGAAGUAGCCAAGACAAUUGCUUUCUUGGCUAGUGAAGAUGCUAGCUUUAUCACGGGUCAGACCCUUGCCGUUGACGGUGGACGAAGCGUCAUGUGCCCGCGAUAAAAAAGAUUUUUUUUUAUUAAAAUGCAAUAUUUUUGUAUAACUUACUCUAUAUUUUAAUGAUUCUCAGCUUUUCACUCACUAAAAUUUUUUAUACAUAAAACCUCAAUAUUUUUGUAAUUCCAUAUGUGUUUUGUUUAAUGUUUGUAUUGCAAUAAUAAGAAUAUAUUUGUAAUAAAAAGUACUUUAAGCCUC